UAAUAAAACGGUCUCCACCCGUCUCUGACAGAAUAAAAGACAGGGAUUGUGCAUUUCUACCUACUCGGGUUUGGAUUGAGUAGCUUUAUUUGAUUUUGAAGACUUUAUGAAAACACAAAAGGCGUGUUUUGGGGUGACUUAUUAUUUUAUGGAUAACUGAAUUGUUUUCGCUUAUAUGCCUUGGGUCGAAAUGGAUAAUCUGAAGCAUUUAGGCCCUCCGCUGGUUUUAAAAAUCUCCAUUUUCCUUUUCUGCCUUGUUGCUGCGGUCAUCGGGCAAAUUCGUUAUUCUAUACCAGAGGAAAUGCGGAAAGGACUGUUUGUUGGAGACGUUGCAAAAGACCUAGGCCUGGAUAUUAAAAGGUUAGUGUCCGGUCGGGCUCGGCUUGUUACAGAUGAUAAGCACCAAUAUGUUGCGUUAAACCAGAACAAAGGACAAAUCGUCGUGAAUGAAAGGAUUGACAGAGAAACGCUGUGCGCCCAAAAAUCCCCAUGCAGUUUCACUCUAGAAAUUGUUCUCGAAGAUCCACUCGAGUUGUUUUCUAUUACUAUUGAAAUACAAGAUGUGAAUGAUAAUGCUCCUGUUUUUCCAGAAAAUGAAAUUAAUUUAGAAAUUAGUGAAUCGACGCCUAUUGGCACGGUUUUUCUACUUAAUAGUGCCGCUGAUCCUGACGUGGGGAUAAACUCACUCCAGAGAUAUUCUUUAAAGGAGAACAAAUAUUUUGUUCUUAAACAACAUACUAGAUCUGAUGGCAGUAAAUACCCUGAAAUGAUGCUUCAAAGUAAUUUGGACCGCGAGAAACAAAGCGAACAUACGCUGAUAUUAACCGCAGUUGAUGGUGGGGAGCCGCAGAAAUCAGGAACUGUAAAGAUUAAUAUUUCUGUUUUAGAUGCAAACGAUAACCCACCAAUUUUCACGCAAUCGUCAUAUACAGCCUCCGUUUUGGAAAAUGUUUUAACCGGUGCAGUUAUAACGAAGGUCAGUGCGGAAGAUGCGGAUCAAGGAUACAAUGGCAACGUCACAUAUUCUUUCACCCACCAACAGGAUGAAUCCGUGUGUCCUUUUGAGAUUAAUCCAAACAGUGGAGAAAUUAAGCUAACUGGUGAGCUCGAUUACGAGAUUUAUUCAAGUUAUGAAAUAAAUCUACAAGCUAAAGAUCCAUGGGGGCUAGCGGGUGCCAGCAAAUUAUUGAUUGAGAUAGCAGAUGUAAACGACAACAGCCCCAUAAUCACAAUGGCUUCAUACUCAGGGAAGAUUUCUGAAGAUUCUCCCCCUGGUACAGUGGUGGCUUUGAUUAGUGUCCAAGAUAAAGAUUCAGGAAGAAAUGGUCAGGUGCAUUUAACAUUAGAAAACAAUUUACCAUUUAAGAUCAAAUCUUCUCUAAGGAAUUAUUAUACAUUGGUGACAGAACAAAUCCUCGACCGAGAAACGCAGUCGAAAUACAACAUCACUCUCACUGCUACUGAUGAAGGCUUCCCUGUCUUAUCAAGCAGAAAGGUUUUAGGUCUAGAAGUCACAGAUGUUAAUGACAACUCUCCAGCAUUUAUCAAGGGUAUUUAUAACACUCAGGUUCUGGAAAACAACCUUCCUGGUGUUUCUCUGUUGCGGAUCCAUGCAACAGACCCGGACCUUGGUCAGAAUGCUCGCAUAUCGUACUAUCUUAUUGACAGUAAAAUUAAUGGAAAUCCAGUUUCAACAUAUUUUUCAGUUAAUACAGAAAACGGAGACAUUCAGUCAUUGCGUUCAUUUGACUAUGAACAACUCAAAGAGUAUAAAAUACGCAUACAAGCACAGGAUGGAGGCUCUCCUCCACUCCGCAGUAAUACAACAGUUAUUAUACGCGUCCUGGAUCAGAACGAUAACCCACCUCAGGUUCUGUACCCAGUCCAGACUGGUGGCUCCGUGGUGGCUGAAAUGGUGCCUCGUUCAGCAGAUGUGGGCUACCUGGUGACUAAAGUGGUGGCUGUUGAUGUGGACUCUGGACAGAACGCCUGGCUCUCCUAUAAACUGCAGAAAGCCACAGACAGGGCGCUGUUUGAAGUGGGCUUACAGAAUGGAGAAAUAAGAACUAUCCGUCAGGUGACUGAUAAAGAUGCUGUGAAACAGAGACUGACUGUUAUAGUGGAGGACAACGGGCAGCCCUCUCGUUCAGCUACAGUCAUUGUUAACGUGGCGGUGGCGGACAGCUUUCCUGAAGUGCUGUCAGAGUUCACUGACUUUCCACACGAUAAGGAGUACAAUGACAACCUGACUUUUUACUUAGUGUUGGCUCUGGCUGUGGUCUCCUUCCUCUUCAUCACGUGUUUAGUGGUUAUUAUAUCAGUGAAGAUCUACAGAUGGAGACAGUCCCGCAUCCUGUAUCACUCCAGCCUCCCUGUGAUUCCAUAUUAUCCUCCACGUUACUCAGACACUUUGGGAACAGGGACUCUGCCACAUGUGUACAACUACGAGGUGUGCAGGACGACUGACUCCAGAAAGAGUGACAAUAAGUUCGGAGGAGCUGGUAGUCAGAACGUGUUGAUAAUGGAUCCCAGUUCUACAGGGACGAUGCAGCGAAUACAGAGUGAGAAGAGCAUCCUGGAUGAACCUGACUCCCCUCUAGAGGGUCUACCCCGCCUCUCGUCCAUUGACUGCUGGAGAUAGGCACCAGCUCCCCCGCAACCCACUAUGGAAUAAGCGGUAGAAAAUGACUGACUGACAAUUAAUUGCAGCAGCCUAGUUUAUCUUGCUACAAAAGUUUUUAACUUUUACACAUUGAGCAACAUGGAUCUUACAUAUGAUAAGUUUUUGAAAAUAACAAUCUUUAAGCAAUUUUCUUUAAUCGGGCCAAUAUAAGAUUCUAGUCUUAAAUGUUGUGUUUUCAUUAGCUGUAAGCAGACCUUCAUCUUGAAAACAUCAGUAUGUGUGUAAAUAAUUUAAAUAAUGUGUUGCUCUUAGUAAAUUGAGUUACCUAAAUAAAUUAUAUUUUUUUAUAAUAUUCUCAUUUAUCGAAUAUGACUGAUCCACUUUGGAGAAUCGUUUGAAUUGCUUUGAUUCAAGGAUUCUGUGUGAUAUGAAAAUAAAAAAAGUCAAUAACCGAUGUAUUCAUUAUUUAAAUAUACGUGCUCACUGUUUUUUUCUAUUAAUGUCUUGCAAUGAGCUCAUAGAGUGACAGUUGCCUGUACGGCUGCUUCUCUGUCCGUGGUCCUGAACUGUUUCAGCACUUAAAAGUUAGCUUGCUGUUUUAUUUGAGUCACUAAACGUACCUAUCUGUAUACUUUUGCUUACUAUUAUGUCUACACACGUAUAUGUAAUAUUCCAGUCUCCAAAUCUUCAUAGUU